AUCGAACCCAUCAGCCAGAGACCGGUUGUUUCAAAGCCCCUUGAAUCCCCACUCCUGUGCUUGAUCUAGCAGCUCUCUUGUCCCCUUGACGUCGACAUUCAGCGGACCUCUCCUUCACAUGCAGCCAUCCUCAAGUCUAUCUCGCUCUUCGCAGCGACCAAAACAUCCAAGCGAGUCUGGAAAAUAUAGCCCGACGUCUCAAUUCAGAUCCGGAAGUAUCGAGAGCGCAUCCGGUUCGCGAAGCUCAUCGGGUUCCGCAAGGGCCCAGUCUGCUAGAGGGAAUGCCGUCGUUCCCGAUAAGCAAAUUUCCCAGAUAGAAAAGAGUGUUACGCAUCUCUUAGUUGCUACGAAACAAUUGUUGGAAACGUUGACACAGUGGUCUCGGCAGCAGGCGUCGGAGAAUGAGGUUUCAGAUGUUUAUGUGCGCCUUGGGUAUGAAUUCAAUUUGGCAUGUCGUGCGUUCAAUGCUAUAGGGGUCGACACUUCGGACUUGGGCCCAGUCCCAGACCUACUUCGUACCAUCCUCGAGGAUACUCUCAGUCAGGAUGCUUCACCGCAGAGCCUUGACCGCUAUCUCCCUCGCAUCCGCGACAUCAUCAUCAAUUUACUGCAUGGCCUCAAGAAGAAACAGGCUCGCCUACGCUCGCGCCAACAAAGAGAUGAUAGCCGAGGCUUACCCGGGCGGCAGGGAAGCUCUGCAAGUGCAGCAAGCGGACCACCGGGAACAACCCAGGUGCAUGAAGAAUACGCUCCCACAUCCCCAUCAAAACGUCCUUGGACACGUCGGUAUGGAAGCGGUGGUUCCGUCGAAGACCAGCCUAUAUUGCCCCGGUCCUCCUCGGCGAAUGCUAUGAGUGAUGCACGAGGGGGGAGUUAUUCCGAAAGAGAAGCCUCAAGACGUGAAAUGCCUAAUGGCCCCCCUCUCCCUUAUCCAGGCGGUGGCUCACCUUCAGUACUAGCCACGCCAUCUUCCAAUUCCAGUCCUUACCCCCCACCUCCGCCUCCUCCGAAACAGGAUGACGCUAUAGGGGCUCUUCAAAGAAGUGGCGAACUGGAGCGACGUGCCUCGAGACGGUUUUCUGCUUAUCAAAUACAAAAGCACCUCGGUGCAUCCUCAAAUGGAGUCCCCGUGCUUCCGUCUCAAAAUUCUCCUGUUCCAAAUAGAGGCCGUGAUGCCCGCGAGUCUCUAAAUGCCGUGCGCUUGCGUGGUUCGUACGCGCAUGGUAGGCAACGGCCCACGAAUCGCUCCCAUGAACAAAAUUACGCUAAAUCCGGCCUGCCCCAGAUACCUCCGAGUAUCCCGGAUGAAGGUGAGGAAGGUCACCGAGACCUUCGUGUUGAACCACCUACAGCGGGCCCCCCAAGUGACUCCCCGACCGCGAAAACCCCAGAAGACAAGGUUUGUCGUCCUUCAGAUUGGGACCGGGGGGUUUCUAUCAAUGGACCGCAGCCAAGUCUGCCUCCUGGUCCCGAAGAGGUUAACGAGAAAGUUGAACCAGCGAAAGACUCGAUGCCUGCAGCAGAUGUGGCUCCAGCAACUCCGCAGCCUACACACCAAGCACACCCGACUGUUAUCUCCACGCCUCCUCAGGCUUCCCCAUUUACUUCCGAGCAGCCGACCCCCGGGAAAGAACUGACUUUAUUCCUGCAGUACAGAAGUAAGAUCAAGAAGUACAUCCUUCCGGAGGGAUUUACUGGCCUUACUCUUGGGAGACUUCAGCUGGCUUUUAUAGAGAAAUUUGCAUGGAAUACUCACAAUAAUGGAGCGGAUUUACCUGAGAUUUACAUUCAAGAUCCUAUCUCUGGUGUUCGACAUGAACUCGAAGAUUUGAGUGAUGUGAAGGACAGAUCAGUCCUUGUGUUGAACGUUGACGCUCUAGAUGAGGUUAGGAGGCAUUUUGACGAAGGCUUUGGUGGUGUUCGCAACUUAAUCGAGGGGGUGAAAGCAGCUCUUGAGGAGCAAGAAAGCUCUAUACAGCGUGUUUCAGAGAGUCAAUUAGAAGCUGCUAAAGAAAUCGCCCGCCUUGCUACCGCGCCCCGCUUACCCGUGCCUAAUGCCUCGAAUGGCGGUGGGAAACCGAAAGGUCCAAUAUCAGGAAGCGACGACCAAAUUACUGAACUUCAAAGCUUGCGCCGUGAUUUAGCAGUUCUGCGCCAGACGUACUCGAACUUCACAUCUGAUAUUGGCGCCUCAAUGAGUGCAAUUCGCACAAAAGCGAAGAAUGUCAAAAGUGUGGCAGUGGAUAUGUCCGUUCCAUCAUAUGAAGGAAAUGCCGGUCGUGCUCGUGUCAAUUCUGGGAAGAAAGAGCUUGCGGAUGAAUCUGAGCGACUGGUUGCGCGUGUUGAUGACCUCCAGGAUCUUGUUGAGGACCUCCGCAAGGAUGUGGUUAGCCGCGGGGUGCGGCCCCUGCCGAGACAGCUCGAUAGUGUGAGCAGGGAUAUUAGUGAUGCCGUCAAACAAAUUAAGAAGAUGAAAGAAUUCUUGAAACGCGAGAAGCCUGUUUGGACCAAAAUAUGGGAAGCCGAACUACAGCUGGUUUGUGAAGAGCGAGAUCAACUCACCAUGCAGGAAGACCUGGCUGCGGAUCUCGAAGAUGAUGUUGAGAAGGCCGCACAGACUUUCGCGCUCGUUGAACAGGCUACCAAACAGCAGGAAGCGCAGGUUGCGAAUGGGAUUGUCCUGCGGAAUAACUCACGGAAUUUGAUCAUCGAACCGGCAGCUGACCCUAUGAAGGCUAAAGAUGAUAUGUUGGGUGAAGUUCGCGCUCUUCAGCCUAAUCACGAAUCCCGACUAGAAGCGAUUGAACGAGCGGAAAAGGCGCGAAGGAAGGAGUUGGAGAGCCGCGGGGUUGGUCGUUUCCAGAAAGAAUUGGGCACAUUUGUUCAAGAAGGCAAACUGAAGAAGAGCGGUGGCGUGGAAGAGACGGAAAGAAUACGCCGGACCAAGGAUGAGCGUAUUAGAAAGGAGGUCUGGGAGAGACAGCAGGCUAGAGCUGCGGAGAUCGAAAAGACUCGAAGGGAAGCAGCGGAAUCUGCGCAGGCAGGGCAACCAGUUGAAACAGAACAUGAACCGGAAAAUGAGAAUCCGGUUGAUACGACAGCCGAAAAUGGAGGAGCAGAUGCAGCGGAAGGAAAGGCGUCGCCUGCAGAAGCUUCUGACCUGGAGCAAGAACAAGAGAAAGCCCAGGAAGUCCAGGAAGGUCAGGAGAUCCAAGAGACCAAGGAAAACCAGGAGGACCAGAAGAGUGAGGAGAGACAUGAGGGCGAUGAGGCUACCGUGGCCCAUGAAAGCGACGAAUCCCAAAAGAGCCAAGAAAGCGAGAUUCAAGAAGAAGGCCAAAAAGGGGAAGAGGCCGCAAAGAAUGAUGGAUCACCAAGCCCUCCCGGUGCGUAGCUUCAGCUUGCCUCCCAACUAUGCUUGAUUCCGGCAACCCUGAUUCUAGGAUCAGAGUCUUCUAGAAAACGGUCGUCUUGGUUGCCAGCCAUAUUUUCUAAGUAGGUGUGGAAGCAGACCCCCUACUUUUACUUUUAUAUUUUUCUUUUAUACAUUGCUGUUAUCUUUUCUAUGCUUUUUGAUCUUCGCAUUUUCACGUCUGCUACAUGCCUACCUGUUAUUUCUGUGGAACCUUCUGCGGCACUCGAACUGUUACAUCGCAACAGUUUGCCUUCCCCCUGUGCCUUUGUUUAGCAUUGACUAUUAUCACGUUCAAGCCAUUAGUUUUGCAUGUUUCACAUCUCGCUGAAGAUACCCUGCCAUCAAUCAUUGUGGCCCUGUUAUGAUAACUGUGAUGAUACUAGGAGAGAAACCCUACGGUCUCUCCUUGUUUUAUAAAUUCGUUUUCUCUGCGCUCCUUAUACAUCGGUAGACCUUUUCUGUUUAAAUAUCAGUUUUGAGUUUUUUUUUUUUUUUUUUUAGCGAUGCGUGCGUCGCCAUCAGAGUUAAGAGUUGGAUUGGGAUCUUGGGAUCUUGGGAUCACAGUACUUAAGGUAGACGGGUUCGAUGUAGGUGUAGUUGUCCUGAUCCUGAUCCGGAUUGUGGAGCGAUGGCCGACGUGUAGUUGCUUCGUGAGUGCCAGGACCAGGGGAUGAUGUUGGGUGAGGAUUUCGAAGCUCAUGUUGAUGUUGAUUUCUAAUGGCUGUAGGGUAGCAGCGGCGAUGGUGAGCUCAAUACGCGUGAGGCAGAGAAGCAUUUCCGUUGGCCUUGUAUGAGGUCUCGGGAAGUCCUCAGCAUGCGGGUGAAGGUCCGUAUCGUUUACAUUGAGAGGCAAUCGACAAUCUGCGCCAGAAGACGAGAGAGCCAUGAUAGCAGAACCGGUCAUCUCGGCCAUUCGUUGGUCGAGGACAAUGAGCUGCCACCAAAGUCGCCUCCGUUGCUCUGUCUCGAAGGGGAACAGACCAAGCUGGGCG